AUGUUGGUGAGCUCGGGCCGACGCGUCCUCUCCGUCACGCGUGCCCGGCUCCUCUCGACCGUCGCCGUCGCGUCGAUGGAGGAUGGCUCCCUGCGGGCGCACGUCUCGCGCCGUGGCCGCGAAGCCCCGGCGCUGCUGCCCCGCUACUUGUCGGAUGCACGCGGCGUCGAGACCUUCGACGCGGUGUCGCGGCCCGACGGUGUGCUCCAGCUGUCUGUCGCGGAGAACCAGAUGAUAUCGGACUGGCUCGUGCCACGGAUCCGGUCGAUCGCUGCCUCUCCCGCCUCGGACGCGCACGGCGGCGGCGCUGGGCUCUUUGAGCAGGCCGACAUCUUCUACCAGCAGACGCACGGCACGCCGCAGUGCCGUGCGGCGGUCGCGGCGCACAUGGAACGGGUGCUCUGCGGCGGCUCGUACCCGAUCGACCCGGACAAGCUCGUCGUCGGCGCGGGCUGCAACGCGGUCCUCGAGAAUUUGCUGUUUGCGCUCGCAGACGCGGGCGAGGGCGUCCUCGCCGAGUGCUGGGACUGGGCAGAGUCCAAGGAGAGCCCUCUGCCCUUCCUCUCCUACGGCGACUCCGGGCCGCCGCAGCGCGAGAACAGCGGCUCGUGGGCCGGUGCGGUCGGGGUCGAGGAGGCGCUGCUCCCCGCUCGCGAGGCGGAGCAGAGGGUGAGCGGCCUCCUCCUCACGCCGGGCGCGUCGAUGCGCUCCGAGGAGCCCGGCCUCUUCCGCUGCGUCUUCUCUGCGGCGACGGAGGAGGGCUUCGAGGUGGCGCUGCAGCGCUUCGCGCGCCUCGCCGCCGCGCCUCGCGCAACAUGAGGCGGCUCUUUCGGUGCGCGCUGAGACACAGCAUGGACACCAAGGCGCUCGCGGCCCGCGUUGUCCGAACUUGGUGGCUGUUUCCGAGAAGAAGCGCAGACCGCCCCCGCCGCGGCCGUCAGUUCACAGCGCCGACGGAACUUUCACACAUCAACAAACACGUCACAAACACGUACACGAACACGUGUGGGACGUGGCAUGAUUCGUUGAUACACACCCUCACCGCGCGCAUGUUUUACAUGUUCUUUUGUGACUUCAUAUACGUAUAUGG